AAGCGUCUUCUAGAGUACGGUGCUGCAUCCAAGAGGCCGUGCUCUGAAAAUCCUCGGAAGCCAUCAGUGUUGAAGCGAGAAACGGCCAUAUUGGAUUAGAACAUGGCGUCCUCCGAUUACAUUACGGAGGUUGUUAUAAAGCCCGAUAUCGAAGAAGUGGAGAUUGAAUCAAUCCCAGUGGAUAUGCCGUGUGAGACUGUGGAAACGACGAUAGACUACGGCGAGGGCCAGCCCAUGAUUGCCCUUCAGCCCCUCCCCGAGCCCGGCAGGGAGGAAAUCAUUCUACAGACUCAGGAAGAAAUUGUGUGUAGUGAGGACCCGCUCUCGUCUGUUUACGAUCAGAUGCAAGUUCCCGAUCAAGAAAUUUACGUGGAGACAAGUCCCGGGCCCUCGCGCAAGGGCGGCCGCAAAGGCAAGCGCGGCGGUCGUUUCAAAGGCGACAACUUCAUGAGCGACGGCACCGAGACCAAGGCACGCAAGUGGGAGCAGAAACAAGUUCAAAUCAAGACCCUCGAGGGCGAGUUUUCGGUCACGAUGUGGGCCUCCGGGACUGAUGAUGAUGAAUGCAGCAAUGAUGAUGAUGAUACCGAUCAGGACACCAGUGACUACCUUAAAAAGAAUUCUGCCGAUGGGAUUCCAGGGCUUGAUCUUAGUGACCCCAAGCAACUUGCAGAGUUUGCUAGACCUGGUCAUAAAAUGAGGAAGAAAGAACCAAGUGAUGGUGUGGACAGAACUAUUGCAUGCCCUCACAAAGGUUGUACUAAAAUGUUCCGAGACAAUUCAGCUAUGCGGAAACAUCUUCAUACACAUGGUCCCAGAGUACAUGUGUGCGCUGAAUGUGGGAAGGCCUUUGUUGAAAGUUCAAAGCUCAAGCGGCACCAGCUUGUCCACACUGGAGAGAAACCAUUCCAGUGCACCUUUGAAGGAUGUGGUAAACGAUUUUCUCUUGACUUCAACUUGAGAACUCACGUUAGAAUUCACACUGGUGACCGCCCGUAUGUUUGUCCGUUUGAUGGGUGUAACAAGAAAUUUGCCCAAUCUACCAAUUUGAAAUCUCAUAUAUUAACUCAUGCAAAGGCAAAGUCAAGGAAUCCUGGAAGGUCAGUUCCAAUGAUCCAUGCCCAACCAUUUGUGCCACAAUAUGUACAAGUGGAAAUGGGUGACACUGAUAACCAGCAAUUUAUUGUAUAUGCGGAUUAGAAGACUGCAGCUUUCAUCUGGCUUGACUGGAUGGGAACAAGCAAAGUGCCAGUGGCCAGUGCCUGAGUUGAAAGAAGUCCUGAUGUGAGUUAUGAUACCUAGGAAGUGAAUUUUACCCUAUUUUGGGAAGAUUGUAUUAAACAAAACUGAUCUUUAGCUUUAUAUUGUUUGAAGUGAGAGUGGUUUUCACACUUUCUUCAGUUGUAAAUACUUGAUGAAUUGAGUGCUUGUUGAUCCUGUCGCCUUCUCACACUGGAAUAUCCUCCAAACUUUCAGUAUGUGUCACUGGAAAUGCACAUAUGCAAAAACCUGGUACCUGCCCAAAAGUGAUAUUUUGAAUCUGAACUCAGGCGACAGGAGUUUGUACAGUGUGGAGUUUUCACAUGUUCGCGCCUGUGUACAUUCUGUGCUUUCUCUUGGCAAAAAGCUCAAGUGCAAGGCAUGAUUAUUUUUACUCUUGCGAUUUAGGUUUUAUCUCCGGUGUUUCGCACCAAGAAGUCAUUUUAUGUAGGAGUCAAGUGUGUUUCUCAUAAAUUCCUGUAAAGAAAGGAAAAUUUUUCCAGCACAUAGGAAGAAUUUUGUUCCCAAUUUAAUUUGCCUGUGACUACACUUGUGCUGCAGUGAUAUGAAAUUACAUUGUAAUGAUUUUUUAAUUGUAAUUAAUGCAUGCGUUUCAUCAGUCUUUGCUAGUGUCAUGCACAGUGUGUUAUGCCAAUAAUAUCAUGGUAUUUACAAGGGGUGAAAUGCUACCUUUAGGGUAGUUUGAGGAACAUUGUGAUGAGUUUCUCAGAGUCAUUUGUAGAUAGGUAGUUAUCUACUAAAGCCUUGUGCCUCUAUUUUCUGUGUAAAAUAGUAUUUUGUUCCCUUCAAAAUCUGUAAUUCUUAGAUUGAGCUACCCACCAUCACUUCAGAAUGUCUGGCUUGAUUUCACCGAUGUCUGUGAAUUGACUCAUGUUUCAACAGACUCUUGCUUUCUGUUUUAAUUAUUUUCCUCUGUCCCAGCUCCUUUUUUUUCAAAUCAUUGAAAACAGACCCUAAUUUUACCGAUUGUGAUACAUGAUGCAGUUUGCAGUGGUAUGAGCAAAUUGGACUUGUACAAAAUAAACUUUCACUUUAUUUAAAA